AAAAUCAGAAAACUUGUUUUAAGUUUAACUGAUUCAUCGAAACAUGUCGUAAUGCUAUGACAUGUUUUAGAUGUAUAAUUCAGAAAAUAUUGGACUGACGCUUGACUUAAAAAAGAAAAAUACUAUAGUGCAAAUCAAAUCACACUUAGAUAUUUCAGCCCUAAUCAGCACAAAACACAGCACCUAAACAAUAUAGUUUAGACUGAGUUUAGACUUUGUUUACUGACAUAAAUUUGGGUUGUUGCUUAAUAAUGAUAAGGGAAUCCCAAAGUCGCCAUUAUUCAUCUUAACAGGGACAUGAUCAAUGUGAAUGUCAAACUGGUGCCAGAGGAAAAAUUAUGAUUUAAGUCGGAGAGUUUCAUGUACAAAAUUGCAUGGCACUCCAUACAUAGGUUUUUUAGAGAUACAAAUCAGUUCUUCCAGCUGUUUAAUGAUGAGAAUUGCAAAAUGUUAGUUUUUUACCUAUCUUUCUCUGUUAUUGUGGUCAUAUUGCAGGCAGGAGUCGAAACAUUAGCCAUGCAAUCCAAAUGCUGUGCUACCUUUGAGUCUUUUUAUAGAUCUGAGUUCCAUGAUACUCUAGUCAUGUUUUGUGGAGGGUGGGGUUGUUGGUGCUGGGGAGGUGGCAGCCGUAACUCUACACCCAUGUCACUGUAUGACUGACUGCAUUUUGACUUAUGAAGCCUGGCGAUGGGUUGUGUACGAGUGGAAGGGACCGAACAGAAGAUGGGAGCUGGUGUUUUCCUGUGGGCAGCUGUGGCGCUGGCCAGAUUUCUCUGAGUUGUGGGGCUGACACUUAAAAAAACAGGCUGAAUUUUCUGGGGGACAGAGAGCUGUGGCGUAACCACGCUGCAGGCAGCGAGAGCUAAAUGACUGGGUGUAAUGUUAGCCGCCUAAUGAAUGUCAUGGACACCAGUGAGUGGCUCAGAUUGUUAGCGAACGUCUGAAGCAGUUGACUCUGAGGAGGUGGUGGAGGCACCAGAACUGCUGAGAAUCUGUUGCGCACCUCCGACCUGGGUUUCACCUGGUGAUGAUGAAUUUCCACUCACCUGCACCCAACCAACAAGUGGCAGCGGCCACCCAGACUCCCACUGGUAGAAGAUCCAGAGUCAAAGUCAAGAAAUCGACUCCAAGUUCCUGGGCAGAGGAGACUCAGGGAAGGAGAAGUGCUGGUGGACACAAGCGCUCAGCAUCGUGGGGCAGUGCAGAGCACCUGAGGGAGGUGGCCAAGCUGAGGCACCAGUUGCAGAAGCGUUCCCGCCAUGUCCCGCCCUCAUUGGGGUGCGAGCACCACCACUUGCCAGGAGGUCAUGUGACAGGCAUCACUCAGACAGUGCCUCUAAUGCCGCUGAACAGACUUGCCCCACGUCUGCGACGCAGUGUCGAAGGUCUCAACCUGGAGCUGGAAGAGGUGUUUGUGUCUGAGAAACCUGACGAUGAGCAUGAGAUUCUGGAUAUUCCUGAUGGCCACAGGGCUCCUGUCCCAGUCCAGAGAUGCAGUAGCAGCUCUCAGAGUGAACCGUCUCCGGGGCCCCUGGAUCCUUCCCUCCUCUCUCCUUGUCCGUCCCCAUGUCCUUUAGAUCCAACUCUUCUGUCACCUUCAAAUUCACCUCUUACUUUGAAUCCACUACCUUUGUCACCAUCACAGUCUCCCUGUCCUAUGGCAGAACCAGUGCCGGUGGACUGUGAGACCCUGUGUCCUUCUCCAUCUAAACUGCUUCCUUCAUUUGCACUGGCUCCUCCUCUGCUGCAGUCCUGCUCCUCGUCCCCUCGGCCCAAUAAAACCUACUCCGUCCAACGUGAACAGCCAGAAGGCUGUGAGCUAGUUCCAGUAUGUGACGAGGGAAUGUCUGCUUGUCAGGAUGAGCUUCUCCUCCAGCCAUCAUGUCCCGACCCCAAUAAAGUGAACUUUACGCCCCACGGAGGCUCUGCUUUCUGCCCCGUCAGUCUUCUGAAGCCCCUCCUGCCCUCCAUGGACCUCCUCUUCCGCGGUCUGUCAGUCUCUCCUGUCACUGGCUGUCCAGGUCAAGUCUCUCCGACCAGGCACCUCGGCAUGCAGUAGGUGGACAUGGAAGCAGAUCCCCCUCUGGACUAAAACCACACUGCACAGCCACAACCUGGAGUAACUGGCUGUGUUUUGCAUGUGGGGUGCCUGACAGGUACCUGUGCUCACCUGGCUCAUCGCUGCUAUAACAUGACGUGGUCAUUGUGAUCAAAAUAAGAGUAACUUAAGAUCAGGCAUCUAUUUUAAUCAUACUGAAAACUGAUACUGACCUAAAAUGUGGCUGCUUUGCUGAUUGUUUCUUAGCCCUGGAGUGAGUGUGGGUUCAGCUGAUAAUUACUCUACAUGAGCACUUGACAAUGACGACAGGACUUAAGCUCAGGAAAUAUUGGUGAAUGCUGGAAAUGUUUUAUGAAUAACUGACAUUUUGAAACAACAGCUCAGACAAAGACUGCCGUCUGCAGGGACGAUUUUUACUACCGCAUUAAGUCAAUUCAGAGUCAAAAAGGUCAAGCACUUAGUGCAGAUGUUGACAUAAGUAUUAUUUUCUUGCUAUUGUUUAGAAACUCUAUUGUCUCUGAGAAACUCAAUAAACACCCCAUCCCGGCAAAUUCAAACCCUGCAACACUUUAAGACAGAAACUGGUUCAUCCUAAGGGAAAAUCUCAGGCUAUCAGUCAACUACAAUGCUGUCCUGAGCUCUCUUCCAAAAAGAAUCAACAAGCAAACACAUAACAGCAACACAAUAGUAACCCACAGGUGACCUCCCUAACGACCUGUUCACACCAAGUCUCCGGUGAAACCAACAAUCUGAAAGGAGGGGUGAACGAUCUGCAUUGUUCGACUUAAUGACUUUCACCUGGUUCCACACUAGUUGGUCAGAACUGAAGAAGCCUCUCGGAUGAGAAGUGAAAUAUCUUCAACUCAAGCAAGUCCAAUCUUAAUUCAACAGACUUCAUUCUUGAAAAACAGAUUAGUUCCCUGAAGUUUUCAUAUGUUUUGACCUGCUGUUUACAGUGGUCCACAUUUCUACAAAUGUAUUUCUAUGUGAUACUGUGUUAGUAUUCCCCGUAGAAAGUGACUUGUAUUUAUGUGUAGAUUACACGCAGAGAUGGGUGUUUUAUUAGCUUUACUUGCCUACAGCUGGCAGUGUUUAAACCAAACUGUGCUUUUUAAGAUUUUGAGUGGGUCACACUGAGCGUCUGGUCAGUCUGAGCAUGGUUGGAGAAUGUCAAUGUUUCAACAUUCAAUUUGAUAUGGGAAGAGAUGAUUCCCUCUGCCUGUGUUAUUGCUGAAAUAUAUUAAACCCUGCCUUUGUCGGCAUUAGGCCAAUCUAGAGUGAUUACAACAGAACAGAACCAACAGAAUCAUCAUCAUUACAGCUUAUCAUUGCCAGAUGUCAGCAAUUAUUAAUACAGAUGCAACAUGUAAUAUGUGUCAUUCUGUGGCCGCAAACUUUUCAAAUGGGUCCCGCAAUCCAAAUUUAAAAUAUUGGAGCGUUGUUGCUUGGCUGUAGGAUUUAUCAAUGGUAUUUCACAUGUCUUGUCUCACACAAUCUCUGUUGACAAAUCAUGGUCAAUUUAUGACUAAAUACAAUUAAUUUCUUACAUAAUGUAUUCAUCAACUCUGUGUUUUCCCAGAUGUGGUUAUUUAGGAUUUCAUUGCAUUUUUAAUGGUGAUAACAUUUAAACAUGUUAAGUGUGUUGUUACUGUACUGUUACUAUUGUAAUGAAAAUAAAUUUACCAAUAGUUCUGGACAUUUAA